GCAAAAUCAACACAAAAUCAAUAUGGCUUCCGAAUUGAUAGGCCGGUAAAUAAUUAUUCUGGAUAUUAAAAUCUUUUUGAAUUUUCAUUAAUAUCGUGACACUCAAAGCAGCAUGAUUAUACACUGAUUCAGGAAAUAUAUGUAUAAUGAAAGAAAAACAAAAAAUAUUAACCAUUAUCUUGAAAUUGCAAGAUAUCCUUGGAAAUGAAUAUCCUGAAGUUCAAAAUAUUUUCAAUAAAUUGAAAGUAAAGAAAGAUGUUAAACAUGCGAUUAAGUCAAUAAAAUCUAUUAAUGAUAUAAAAAAUUUAAUGAAACUUACUCGAGAUGAUAGAAUUCUUCAAACACCAGAAGGAAGAGAAUUAUUGGUCUAUUUGCUCUCAAUUGAUGAGGAAUGGACAAUGGGAAUCUAUAAUAACAUUCGAGCUUCAUUGGAAACUGCGGAUAUUAAUAGUGUGAAAAUUUAUGCAAUAAUAUUAAUGAAUUCCUGGCAGAAAGCAAUUGACAAUAGAAAAAUAAUUGAGACAUGUUUAGAAAAUUUAAUUUUUCACUCUCUACGUACCAAUAGGGACAUUAAUGGAAGAGUGAAGCUGGGACAAAAUUUGUUAAUAUUUCUCGAGUGCAUUCAUCUUCAAAAAAACAAUACUAUCAAACAAAUUAUGUGCAAUAAUUACUAUAAAUUUAUUUGGACAUAUUUAGAGGCUCCUGGAUCCUGUGUAAGGUGUAAUACAGCAGAAAUUCUUUUUAUAGCCUAUCCAAUGUAUGUAACCAAUGAAUUUCGAAAAAAUAAAAACGACUUAAAAAGUAAUAUAUAUUUAAGCAAGCAACACAAGGCAAUAACUAAUCUUCUGAGAGAUUCGAAUACAAUUGUUUUAUCUGUGGCUUUAAAGGGCAUAUUUCAAAUUUUAGAAAAGUUUUGGACCACUGUACCAAUAAAAAUAAUAAACGAAUGGUUGUGCCUUGCUGUUGAAUACACAAAAACUUCAAACAUUCCAGAAAUUAGAAAAAGUGUUAUUAUGGGUUUUAAAAGUCUUUUGAAAAAUUCAAAAAGUCAUUCAACUUUAGAGAAAUUAAUACCAAAAUUACUAAACUCUUUAUUCGAUCCAAAUAUUGAUGUUAAAUUAGCGGUACUUGAUCUCUUUCUGGAAAUAGAAAAUUGUACAAAUAUCUAUAUUUCAAAUGCAGUGUCAUUAGAAAUUAUUGUACAUUGUCUAGAGAUGAAUUCCCAUACGGAAGUGGUGAAUUCAUUACACAAAUUACUGUGGAUAAGGAUUUCUUUUGCGAAAAUCAAGGGAAGAAUUCUUAACGAAAUAAUAGAUGCUGGUCAAUUAAAUAUUAAUCUAUUUCGUGAUUUUUUUUUACAAUCAAAGGAUAUUAUUUGCUAUGAAAGUGCAUUGGAAAUUUUGGAUUUAUUAUUACCGGAAAUUGCGCGUUUAACAGAAUCAUUAACAGAAACGGAAGUUAAUGAAAAUUCGAGUGUUACAGAAUUAAGUGUUAAAGUGAAAAAAAAAAUUUGUGGAAAUGCAAGUUCACAUUUCACUAAAUUAGAUGUUAAUAAAUUAACAUCAAUUCAUAUUUUCAUCGAUGCAAGUGCACUUUUAUAUUUAGUAAAUAUGGAAAGUUUGAUGAAAAAUUUACAUCAAAUUUAUGUAAAAGAAUUAAAUUUGAAAAUCGUUGAAAAAAUGCAAAACAUUUUGGAAAAGUUUCAGGAUUCGGAAUUAAGUGAAUUGGCGAUCAUUUUUCUUUCCUUAAUACCAAAAAAAUUAAUAAAAAAUUUAGAAGAAUAUUUGGAAAAAUUUAAAAAAAAAUUAUUACAGCAAAAUGUGUCUGAUAAUAUGAUAUUAUCAAUUAUACAUUUGCUAUUUAAAUGGGAAGAAGUCGAUGAUUUACUUGAUUUAUUACCAUGUCUCGUGAAAGAUGAUGAAAAUUUACAUCUAAAACUUGAUUCUUUCGUGAAAAGUUCAUCAAUGGAUAGAGCUUUGGGUCUCAAAAUAUUAGAAAUAAUUAUUGAUAAUAAUUUUCUGUGCAAUUUUCUACCAAAAUAUUAUGAAAAAUUUAUUAAUUUAUGGGAAAAUUUACAUUUUAUUGAAGACUGCAUAGAAAGUCGUCUUGAAAAUAAUAAUUUUCCCAAUUUAUUACCGGACAAUGUUUUAAAAUCAAUUUUUAAACAUUACUUGUCCCUUAUUCCAAUUCUUAAUUCCGAUAAUUUUAAAUCUGAAAUUCAUUUUUCGCGAAUUAUUAUCUGGACACAAGAAAAAAUUCUUCCUCGCAUAUCAAAUUUAACGGAUCUUGAAGCAAUAGGUUUGUUGAUAAACUUGUUAAAAUUUGUAUUAAACACAAGCAAUGAUAUGAUAAUUGAAUUGAAAGCUUCGCCAAAAUUAUGUAGUAAAAUUAUAAUUUUAUACACCAAAUGUCUAAUGGAAAAAUGUGGCAUUAUUUUUGUAAAUUCCGCUCUAGUCACUGUGUUAGUUUUAAUGAAAUUUAGUUUGAAAAUAUUUAAAAAUGAUGAAUCAGAAAUAUUAAAGACUCUUGUGCCGUCUCUUUUUGUCGCUGUAAUGGUCACAAUAACUAAAUAUCCUGUGGAGUUAGUAAAAACAAACACGAAUAAUUUGAAGACACUUACGAAUUUGAUCGAAAAUAUUUUCCCUCUAUUGAGCCAAUCAUUAGAUUUACGCAUAAAAUACAUGACAAUUAUUUUUAAUGCGGCUGUAUUUUAUCAUAGUAAAGAUUUGAAAAAUCUUUUAUCCAAUGGACAAAUUUUUUCACAAGAAAAUAUUCUCGAUCAAGUGUUUUCCUUCAUCACAGAGGAAUUAAUGAAAAUUAUUUUGUGCUUCGAUGAAUUUGACGAUUUGUGUUUUAACAUUUUGGAUAAAACUUAUUUCAAAUACAAAGUUUUGGAUCAAUUAUCAUUAUUAAUGAUUAUUCAACGUCUUAUUGGGCAACGGAAAAAAUCGACAAUGAAAAAUAAAAAACGAAUGAAAACUGCAGUGCGUUCAAUAAAAGAACAAAUUGAUAAUUCAUCUGAAAUAAUUGAUUUCACUUCAGUUCACGAUAAAUUUAUUAGUGAUUCAAAAAAACAGAUUCUCAAAGAGAUGUUAAGUUCGUGAUAUUCCUGAAAUUUCAAGUGAAAAAAAAUGUUAUUUGUUUAAAAUUUGAAAUUGUUAAAAAAACGAAAUACUUCCACUAAUGAGGAAGAGAAAAAUGAGUUGAAAAAAUGUUAUAAAAACAAAAAAAAGAAUUUUCUAAAAAUUCUUGUAUAUAUUUGUAAAAGUUCCACAAUUGAAAAUUAUUGAAUUUUUACUUUUGUAUUGAAUUUAUUGUAGUAUUAUAUAGUUAUAUAUGUAUAUAUUUAGUAUAUAUGAAAGCAAAAUAAUCAAAAAAAAUCUACGGAUGUUAAAAAUUUCAUUUUUAAAUAUUGUUGAACUUGUUAUUAUAUGGAUAUAAUUUUUUUUUUUUUUCCAUAAUGAAAAAUACUUUUCGUACUUUAUUGUUUUACGUUGAUUAUUAUUUAAUGUGCUCGUCAGGAGACUAAAAAAUUGGAAAAUUUUAAUAUUUGUUAUAAUGAAGUUGAAAAUAAAUUUCAAUGAGAGACCAAA